AUGGCUCCAGCCAGCAUCUUGGCUUUGGGUUUAACUUGGCGCGAAGCCGUCAUUGCCAUUAUCUUUGGCUCACUCGUGUGCACUGUGCCUCUUGUCCUUAAUGGAAUGAUAGGGGCACGACUCCUUCUCGUCAUUGUUAGCUCAGUCGCCGUCGUCAUUACGAUGACCUCCAAAGCUGGUGGAACGGGCAACAUCUGGAAUCUACCCUAUGGGGUUGAUGGCGAAGCACGGUCUUGGCUUAUUCUGUCAAGCUUGUCCAGCAUUACUGGAGGAUGGGCCACCAUGGCCACGAAUAUCCCAGAUUUCACUCGUUAUCUCAAGCGUGACACUGGAGUUUACUGGCAAGUCCUGUUUCUUCCGGGGAUCCAACUGAUGCUUGGGCUCUUUGGCAUAAUCUGUUGCUCGGCUGCCAAGGUCGUUUACGGAGAGUACAUCUGGGAUCCUCUUACCUUGGCUGCUCAAUGGGAUGGCCCUGCCGGCCGUUGCGGCGCUUUCUUUGUCGGCCUUACUUGGGUUGUCGCACAGAUCGGUACCAACCUUUCUGCGAAUGUCAUUAGCUGUGCUAAUGAUAUCUGCUGCCUCUUCCCCAAAUACGUCAACAUAAAGCGUGGAGUCAUCUUGUCGACGAUUACAGCGGCUUGGAUCAUGCAGCCUUGGAAGAUCAUACACUCAGCAGCGUCACUCCUGUCUUUCAUGGCCGGGUUGGGCAUCUUCCUCGCGCCAAUCGCUGCCAUCCUAGGUUGCGAUUACUGGCUGAUACACAGGCAGAAGAUUGACGUACCCGGCCUGUAUCGUGCUCACGGCCGAUAUCGCUACAACAAGUACGGCACUAACUGGCGUGCUGCGAUUGCUUUCCUUGUGAGCGUAGUGCCUAACCUCCCUGGCAUGGCUGCUACCGUUAACCCGUCCAUCGCACCAUCUGUCGGAGGGGCAAAGAAAAUAUAUUACAUGUUCUAUUUCUGGGGAUACUCAAGCGCAUUCUUGGUUUAUGGUCUCUUAGGGUAUUUCUGGCCAGAAAAGAGCACAGAGGUCGCAGCCACAAUCUAUGGAGAUGAUGAUAUUGUUGAGGCUGCAAUUGGUGCUGGUGACUCGGAAAGCCAGACUGAGAAGAAUCCCGUGGAAGAAGUCAAGGAAGACAAUUGA